AUGUGCGCAAAACAUCAACUAUUACCGCGAACCCAAAACCAGAGAAUCCAUCCUUAUCGACCAUCUGCAGUCUCAUUGGAAACUCUAGAUUUUUCUUCGGGACAUCUCGAGAAUGACUUUUCUAUUCGGUUAUUCUACCAUGAAGCGCAAACUGGCACUCAAUUCACGGUUAUGUCGAAGGAGAUCGUCCAUGAGGCAUCAUAUGAUCGUAAAGCGGAUGGCUCACUCUUGAUGCAUAUCAAUGGCAUGUCGGUACGUCAAAGCCGCAAUGGAGACGUCACCGUGGACGCAAGACCUCGUGUAAUCCAGUGCAGCCCUUCCACAACCGCCGUAUUCGUGCGUAGUUCCUAUAUCGACAUGGGCGUGCAGGAAAGUGAAAAAGCAUAUGUGAAACGGGGACUAAAACGCGUGCAUGUAUCCCGAUCUGGUAUGGUCGUUUCCGAUGGGAACUGCAUCACCUCAAUGGAUCACUUCGGACGAAUUGUUAGCAGUACUUGA